AUGUCCCCAACAUCAGAUAACGACCAAUCUAACCGACAGACGAGAUAUUUCGAGCUCCCAGCAAAUGGCGAGCAUAGCGCCCCACUACCAGAUGAGCUUCCGCCCUAUGAAGCGCUGGCGGAAUUAGAAGCCACGACAACUGGUCGUGAAGAUGGACGAAUUGACAUCGAUCUUAGUUCGAGAAUAGCUCGGCGACUGUCGAAACUGGUUCCGACGGGAAAGCCUCCCAUUUCUUAUGGACAGAAUCAACCGCCUGCAUACACUGAAACAAGUGAAAGGAGCAUUCGUCUCAAUAUCGUCAUUCAGGUUGUCGGUAGUCGAGGCGACGUCCAGCCAUUUGUUGCGCUGGGCACCGAACUACAGCGCCAUGGCCAUCGGGUGCGACUUGCGACACACGGCCAGUUCGACAAAUUCGUGAGAGAGUCUGGUCUUGAAUUCUUCUCCAUUGGCGGUGAUCCUGCUGAACUGAUGGCCUACAUGGUCAAAAACCCCGGCCUAUUCCCCAGCAUGAAGACACUACGCGGAGGCGAAAUACAGCGGAAACGCAAAAUGGUCGACGAAAUGCUGCACAAGUGCUGGAGCUCUUGCAUUGAGCCUGAUGAGCUCACAGGACAACCGUUUGUUGCAGAUGCGAUCAUUGCGAAUCCACCUAGUUUUGCGCAUAUCCAUUGCGCGCAAGCUCUCGGUAUCCCAUUGCAUUUGAUGUUCACGAUGCCGUGGACGAGCACGAGGGAGUUUUGCCAUCCACUUGCGAAUCUGAAGGCGAAUGGGAGUGAUAUGUCGGCGACUGCUGCGAAUUAUGUGUCGUAUUCGUUGGUUGAGUGGAUGACUUGGCAAGGGCUCGGCGAUAUCAUUAACGCAUGGAGAGGCACAAUAGAUCUGGAACCGAUUCCAUUUAGCGAGGGUCCGUGUUUGACGGAGACUUUGGGCGUACCCGUCACAUACUGUUGGUCUCCAGCUUUGGUACCCAAGCCAGCAGACUGGCCCGAGAACAUUGAUGUUUGCGGUUUCUUCUUCCGCGAUGCGCCAAAAUAUCAACCUGAAUCAGCGUUGGAGCAGUUCUUGGCCAGUGGUCCGCCACCGAUUUACAUAGGCUUUGGCAGCAUUGUUAUCGAUGACCCCGAGAAGUUGACAGCGACAAUUCUCGACGCUGUUCGUGCGACGGGGACACGGGCAAUCGUUUCUCGAGGAUGGAGUAAGCUUGGAGGUGAUUCACCUGGUGACGAUCAAGUAUUCUUCCUAGGCGAUUGUCCGCACGAGUGGCUAUUUCAACAUGUUACUGCGGUAAUACAUCAUGGAGGUGCUGGGACCACGGCAUGCGGGCUCCUCAACGCAAAGCCUACUACCAUUGUACCGUUCUUCGGAGAUCAACCAUUUUGGGGAAACAUGGUUCACGCCGGUGGUGCAGGUCCAGCUCCCAUUCCAUUCAAGUCCCUGAACAGCAACAACCUCGCCGAAGCUAUUCUCUUCUGUUUGACACCUGAAGCUUCCACAGCUGCACGACAAAUCGCCGAUAAGAUGUCAUGUGAAGCCGGUGUCAGGCGAGCCGUGGCAUCCUUCCAUGAGAACCUACCUCUCAAUAAUAUGCGAUGUGACCUCUUACCCAAUCGCUCUGCAGCAUGGCUGUACGAAAAGAAGGGUAAGAAGAUAAAACUAUCCAAGAUGGCUGCUGAGAUAUUAGUCGAGGGUGAGAAGGUGUCGUGGAACAACCUCAAGGCUUACCAACCGCAGCCAGUUCAUAUUGAGAACCGCCGUUGGGAUCCGCUGACUGCGACACUUGCGACGCUCGCCACGACUGGAGUUGGUAUGGUCACAUCAGCCUCUGACAUUGUCGUCAAACCCAUCCAAGCUCUGCGACCCGUGACUCCAAGUGGUAGCAGAUCAGCAAGUCGAGAUCGAUCGGGGGAUAACUCGAAACGCCCCUCGGAGGAGGAUGUCUUUGGCAGGCCAGCUGGCAUGGAUCUGCCUCCAGCACCAACGGCCACCAAAGAUAAAGAUCCCCAACAUGGUGCACUAGCAGCUGUGAAGGGCUCAGCUUCGGGUGUCGGUGGCUUCUUCAAGCACUACUCAAAAGGCAUGCUUCUCGACCUCCCCUACGCCGUGACAGAAGGAAUGCGCAACGCCCCCAAACUCUACGGCGGCAAAGCCUACGAUCCAGGUGCCGUUACAGAUUGGAAAUCAGGCGGUAUAGCAGCCGGGAAGAACUUUGCACAUGGUAUGGUUGAAGGUAUAGGCGGUAUAGUCAUGGAGCCUGUGAGAGGAGCGAAGAAAGAAGGCGCUGCGGGUGCUGCGAAAGGUGUCGGUAUUGGAUUACUGAAUCUGGGAACUAAGGUGAGUUCUGGUGCGAUAGGGUUGUUCGCGUUGCCGGGACAGGGGGCGUACCUGAGUGCGAGGGCGCUUGUGAAGAGGAAGACGGGGAAGAGUAUUGUGGAGGCGAGGAAGAUUGAGGGGAGGGAUGUUAUUGAGAGGAGUGGUGAGGCGGAACGCCAGAAGGACAAGACCGCAGUAAUAGAGGGAUUCGAGUCAUUGAUGCCAGAGACGAAGAAAUAGAUGGAUAAAUAGAUAGUAAUAACAGAUGACAAAAAAUACAUUGCAGUUACCUGUGGC